CCACGUUUAUAUGUGCUAUUUCAUUGGUACGAGAAUUUUGAACUAACGCUGUACAUGUAUUGGAUAACUCAUGCAGUUGGGUCCGUUACGAGCCCGGAGUGUGCACAAGAUUAAGGAGUUGGACCCUCGAUUCCACGAGCCACUCGCACGGGCGGGACUACUACCUUUCGCUCUCAUGAUGGCCGGAGCUCCCAUGGAGGUCGGUGGUAGGACACCUCUCCCGGCAAUUGAUGAGGCACUGCUCACAGGUCUCGUCGACCGCUGGCAUCCUGAGACACACACUUUCCACUUUCCUUUUGGUGAGAUGGCAGUAACACUGCGGGACGUGGCCAUGCUGACCGGGCUGCCAAUAAGGGGUGCCCCGUUAAUAGUUUCGCGACCCGCAAGGGAGCAGUGGAAGGGUUAUGUUGCAGAUAGGUUUGGUGUGCAAUACGACGGGAAGGAUGCUGGCCUCUCCAUGUCCUGGGUUCAUGGGCUGACACAGUUCGGUCCAUGCCCACUGGAUGCGGACGAGAAUACACUUAUGCAACACUAUGAGGUGUACUUAUACGUCCUGCUCGGAGGCAUCAUGUUCUGCAACACGGCAGGCGAUUAUGUCGUCCCACAUAUUGUAUGGUUAGCAGCCCACCUCGCGUCACAUCCUUAUGAGCCUACAUCUUACAGUUGGGGAUCUGCAGUGUUGGCUGCAACCUACAGAGGAUUGUGUGAUGCAACCCAGCGAACAAAGAGGAAGGCAACCAUUACAGGGUGCUUACAUCUCUUACAGUUAUGGAGUUGGGAGUACCUCCCGAUUUCCAGACCUUGGGUGCUCAAGUGCUACUACCCAGUUCACAUCUCUGAUGGCAUUGCAGAUGACAUAAGGCCAACGAUGGGGUAUCGGUGGAUUCAUGCCAGGCUAAGAUGGAGUCAGCAGCAAGACCAUGGUAACUACUCCAGGGUGAUAAUGAGACCAUCCGCCAUGGUUGAUCCAUAA